CCCAGUCUACAAUCUCUCUUCUUCUUCUCCGCUUGAAGGUCAGAAAUGUCAAUGAUAGGCCGGAGAGGAAUUCAUUACUUUCAGAAGCUCAAUGCUGCUACCAUUCCGGCUGCUUUGAUCGAGAAGGGCCAAAACCGUGUCAUUGAUGCUUCUUUGACUCUCAUUCGUGAAAGGGCAAAACUGAAAGGUGAGCUUGUGCGGCUACUAGGAGGAGCCAAAGCUUCAACAUCACUUCUCGGUGUUCCACUUGGCCACAACUCUUCUUUCCUUCAAGGGCCGGCUUUUGCCCCUCCCCGUAUUAGGGAGGCAAUCUGGUGUGGUAGUACAAACUCAACAACUGAAGAAGGGAAGGAGCUAAACGACCCACGAGUUCUAACAGAUGUCGGGGAUGUCCCUGUGCAAGAGAUUAGAGAUUGUGGGGUUGAUGAUGACAGACUGAUGAAUGUUAUAAGCGAGUCUGUGAAGCUCGUGAUGGAAGAGGAUCCGUUGCGGCCACUGGUCUUAGGAGGCGACCAUUCCAUAUCAUUUCCCGUUGUAAGAGCAGUUUCCGAGAAGCUCGGAGGGCCAGUGGAUAUUCUUCAUCUAGAUGCCCAUCCUGAUAUCUAUGACUGUUUUGAAGGGAAUAAGUACUCUCACGCCUCUUCCUUUGCUCGUAUCAUGGAAGGUGGAUAUGCUCGUCGUCUUUUGCAGGUAGGGAUCAGAUCCAUUAACAGUGAAGGACGGGAACAGGGCAAGAGGUUCGGAGUGGAACAAUACGAAAUGCGGACCUUUUCCCGAGAUCGCGAAGUCCUGGAAAAUCUGAAACUCGGGGAAGGGGUGAAGGGAGUGUACAUUUCAAUCGACCUGGACAGUCUCGACCCGGCCUUUGCUCCCGGAGUUUCCCACAUCGAACCAGGAGGUCUCUCGUUCCGUGACGUCAUGAACAUCCUACACAACCUACAAGGCGAUGUGGUCGCUGCAGAUGUCGUCGAGUUCAACCCUCAGCGCGACACUGUCGAUGGCAUGACCGCGAUGGUCGCUGCUAAGCUUGUGAGAGAGUUAACCGCCAAAAUAUCCAAAUAAUACUAACCUCGUGUUUUCUUUCCCUUUAGGUUAUUAUGUAUCAGACUUCCCUCGAGUGUCAUGGUUUCGCUUUGGGUUUUGGUACCGAAUAAAUCUUUGUCGGAUGGAUAUAAAACUCGGUAGAUUUCGG